UUUGACCGCCUAGAUCUUUCUUCUUCUUCUGUCCACGUGUGCACCCCAGAGGGCGACGUAGGAUGAAAAUCUGCGACUAUGAUGCAAGGACUGAAAAAACGAACCAGGAAAGCCCUGGGCUUACGGAAGAAAGACAAGGACACAGAUGCAACGAGCUCACCUGACAAAGAGGGAAGCGAAAGCGGAAAGAAAGGAAAAAAAAAGGCCAAUGGAGCUCCAAACGGUUUCUGCGGGGAAAUCGACUGGGACAGAUAUGCCUCACCUGACGUCGACGAGGAGGGUUUCAGCCUGCGGCCCGGCGAGGGAGAAGAUGCGGCUUCCAAAGAAAAGCACUUCUUCUCCUCCAGCGACUCGGACGACGACGAGGACAGUAAGAAAAAGUUCAAAAUCCGGAUCAAGCCGCUGGUGGCGGACAGCGCCCGGUGCGUCCCCCCAUCGAUGGACGAGCUGAAAGCCUCCGUGGGAGGUCUGGCACUCUCUCCUUCCCUGAGGAGAAGUCCGAGACGCAGUCCGGGGAUGAUAAAAAGAAACCUCUCAUGCGAAGAGAUUGCCCGACCCAGACGCUCGACCCCAACACCAAGUUAUGCAUCUGAGAUGCCAAGCGCCACUGCGCCGCAGAACGUUCCCGCUUUGUUCAGGCUUCCUUCAGACAGCAGAUAUGCCAGAUAUGACGUGAUCCGUAGCGGUGCAUGGGGAGAACCCAGACCGUGUUCAGAAUCCCAGCUGAGCCGAAGUUUUCCAACAGGAGCUCCUCCUCCGCUUCCUCCAAAAAACUUCCCCUCCAGAGGUCGGUAUGGCUUUCCAUCAGACCUGGCAGCUGAUCUGCAUAACGGCAGGGCGGCACGCAGCUCUGCCCCCAUUUAUCUGAACAUCCUGUCACCAGCCUCAUACCGGGGGUCACCGGGCCCCGACCUGGACGACGUGUUCGGCCCCGCUGACAGCCCCAGACCGAGGGAGGAUGCGCCGUCCCCCAGAUGGGUCACGUUCACGGACGAUCGACCUCCACCCCCCGACGAACCGGCUCCCCCGCCACCGCCGGACUCCCCUCCCCCGGAAACACCCACCUCCACGCCUUCCACGCCAGACCUCUCACCUGGACCGCCGCCGAACGAGCCCCCUCCUUCUCCGCCAUGCUUUUCCCCUGGCUCUUCCCCUCCUUUCACUCCGCUAGACUCGCCCCCCUCAAUCGUUCUCGGCCCUCCACCCCCAGAUGAACCAGCUCCCCCCUUACCUCCCGACUUCUCCCCUUCCGAGUCUCCUCCUGCUUUCCUUGAAGAGGAAGGAGUCGACGAGGAGGUUCUGCAGUUCGCAGGAUAUGCCUGCGCCCCUGCUCCCAUCAGCCCCGUCCCCCCUCUGCCGGCAGAGCGGAGGUCCCCGCGGGCGGCGGUCACGUCUCCCUUAGUCUACAGGACUCUGGGAGGAAAGAGGACUCCAGAGGGAGUUUACCAGAGAGAUGAAGUACCAGAAGUGACAGGCUCUCCCAGAGAGCUGACACCCAGCUUCAGGGGAACACCGCCUCCUCUUCCUCCAUCUGCGUACCGGUCCAUCAUGUCUUCCCCUGGGCCCUACUCUGGCAGCAGUCCCUCGUCUCCAGCCCGCCCUACCACGCCUCAGUCCCGGGGGAGUCCGGUGCCUCCUCCUCCUCCUCCCCGCCCGUCCUCGCGACCGAAGCUGCCCCCAGGGAAACCAAUCACAGACCUGAGUCGGCCUUUCAGCCCCCCGGUUUCAGGAAGCCCUCCACCUUUUGCCCCCCUGGCCCGUGCCGAGAGUUCCUCCUCCCUGUCCUCCGUCACCUCGCACAGCGCAGCGUCCACUCCCACCUUAGGGCGGGACCUCAGCAUGCCCACCGCAGGCUGCUCUAGAGGGCCCAGCCCGCUCACCAUGGGGCCCCAGGACACCCUGCCUGUCGCUGCUGCUUUCACCGAAACCAUCAAUGCUUAUUUCAAAGGCGCUGACCCCAGCAAAUGUGCGGUGAAGAUCACCGGGGAGAUGGUCCUCUCCUUCCCUGCAGGUAUAACCCGACACUUCGCUUGCCACCCGACUCAACCCGUCCUCACCUUCGUCAUCAGCAACUACAGCCGCCUGGAGCAAGUCCUGCCCAAUCCACAGCUGCUCUGCUGCGAUGGCGCUCCAGACGGUGUAGACAUCAAGGAGUUCUGGGUAAACAUGCCAAACCUGAUUACCCAUCUGAAGAAAGUGGCCGAACAGAAGCCUCAGGCGACAUACUACAACGUGGAUAUGAUCAAAUACCAAGUGUCAGCAGAGGGGAUCCGGUCCACUCCUCUGAACCUGGCCGUGAGCUGGCGGGGCGAUUCCAUCAACACUGACCUUCGGAUAGAUUACAAAUACAACGCGGAGGCCAUGGCCGCCCCGGUGCCGCUACACAACAUCCACUUUGUGGUUCCGGUGAACGGAGGCAUCACCCGGCUGCACACCAUUAUCCCCCCCGCCACAUGGAAUCCAGAGCAGCAAACGAUUCAGUGGAAAAUCCAAAGCCUGUCUCAAAGAUCUGAAAAUGGAGGAGUAGGGGCUCUGCUGGGCCGGUUCCAGAUGGAGGAGGGUCCCUGUAAGCCGUCCCAGCUGGCCGUCCAGUUCACCAGUGAGGGCAGCACGCUGUCCGGCUGCGACAUCCAGCUCGUCGGGACCGGCUACCGGCUGUCUCUGGUCAAGAAGAGAUUCGCUGCAGGAAAGUAUUUGGCAGAUAAUUAGCGAAAGCUGUCGAUGAAGAGCACCGAGGAAAUGUGACUUUUUUGACUGUGAAGACUACUGAUCCAUCCCACGUUUAGUGCUCUUGACUAAUUCUCCUCAGCAAACCGUCGGCGUGAACGGUGGAGGUCUGCUGCAAGAACACAGUUUAUGCAAGCUAACACAAAUCAUCCUUUGUGCACCUGGAACGGAGUUAAAGACGAAGAGCCGUCAAGUCUUUGUUGUUUUGGUGUAAAAAGAAAAAACAAACAAAAAAAAUUAAUAAUAAUUGUAACUCAUUCAGUGAUCCAGCCUUAUUUCUUUAGUUAUUUAUUCUUUAGUUGGUCAUUUCUGUAGAUGCACUGCGAGAGGUAACGAGAGUUGAUUGUAUAAAGUCUAGAACAAUCUGAAAGGUGGAAAACUGGAUCUGGUUGACAUGGCCGCCUCCCAUCAGACAGUCAGAGUGAGAGUCCGUGUUUUCAUCCAAUCAGAACCGUUCCCUCUGUUUUCAAGCCGCUAAUCAGCAUUUUGAGGCGACAUGAUGAGGAUAUGAAAUUUGCCGUGCCUUGUAAAAAUAUUCCUUUUGCUGUUUUUCGCGUUUUGCGUCGUUAAAACCCAAACUUCAAAUGGAUUUCGUUGGGAUUUGACAUAACAGACCAACACGAAGUAGAGCCUGACUGCGAAUUGGACGCAAGUGGAUAGUUUUCAAUUGCUUAGCAAAUAAAAAUAUGUAAUAAAAUUCCCCUUGAUGAGUGAAGACUCCAGAAAAUUGGUUUUCGCUGCAAUUGCGCCUGCAACCCAUCUACCAGCUCUGCACAUCUAAAGUCAGACAUUUUUGUUGGUUCCUCUUUGCAAAAUAAUCAAGUCACCCAGAUUCAAUUGAACAUUUUAAAACAGUGAUCUGCAACUUUUACUAUCAAAGAAGCAGCUAAAUAAAACUGGUUUAAAGCCGCUAACGUUACAGGACCUUUCGAAAAGACGACGUAAAUUGUUUUCAUGAAUAUCUACUAUUGGUAAUUUGAUAGCUUUUUUUUGAAGACUCAUCUUUUUACUUAAAUUUUUGGUGUUUAAACUAAAGAAAAAAGAACAUAGAUACAUUUUCCUCUGUGGAAAAUGGUGCAAAGAAAGUACAGUUUACAGCUUCAAUACAAGAAUAAAUGUUAAUCAUACUUUUGAGGUGAUUCUGUUAUGGGAAUUCAAUGUAAUUACGCCACAACAACAACUGCUGAGACCUGCAUUUGUUUAGCACACCUACAUUUAAAAACAUUAGCUGGUUCUUUGUCAUUUUUUGCCUGCUGCUGCCAAGUUUUACCGUAGUGACGAGCAUGCUGGGCUCUGUGUUGAUCUGUCAUAUAAAAUCUCAAAACAUUUCAGUGAAGUUUGAUGAAAUGUGACAAAAAUAUAUGAAAACGUUUAUAUAAAUCAAAACACCAAUUAGUAAGAAUGUUUGGGGAUUUUUCUUUUCAUAAUUCUUGAAUUUGGUAAAAUAUCUUUUUUUUCCCCCUGAAAGCGUCAGAUUUUUCAUCUCCUGGUGUUUUGAUUCAGAGGAAUAAAUUGGAACUUGAUUUUAAAUGCGCGAUAUCAUGAGAAUGGCUCGCUUCUCUUCAGAAUUCCAUAAAAUGAAAUCUUUUGUUGUGUUCAGGAUUGGCACAGACUUGGAGCGCUAGCUACGUUUGUGGAUUACAGACCUCUGUUGGCACCCCUGGUAAAGAUGUGUAAAAAGUCUAAAACUGAAUCAAUAUUAUACUUAGUUCCUCUGAUCUACAACUUCCCUUUUUUUGCAAAUAGGACAGUACUUAGUCUUCCUUUAUAAUACAGAGCCGGAGAAAAACAUCUUUAUCUUUGUUAGCGCACCACUAGCCAAAAAGUUAGCAGCACUAGCUAAAACGCUUCCGGUGGUCACCCUAAUCCUGAAGCAUUAAUCAUAAACCAUAGGUCCACUAAAGCUAACGGUAAUUUCUCUAAGCUAAUGCUAAACGCUAAUUUCAACCUUGUUCACAUCCACAAUGGGUUAAUGACACAUGUUAUAUAUAUUUCUGUAUACCUCAUUCGUUUGGCUUUUUUUGUAGACUUGCCACUUGUUCAGUAACGUUUCUUUAAAUAAUAAAAAAAAGAACAUGAGGAGAGGACUUCAAAAUAAGUCCAUGAAUAUAAAUGUCUAACUACUUGAAGAAUUCAGUUGUUAACCGAAUAACUGAAUUCUUCGUUCAGUUAAUGAACGAAGACUUAACUUGUUUAACACGUCAAACAAGUUAAGUUUUCACAGUUAGCAAAAAAGCUAAAGCGUUAACGAAGAAGGAAAUAUUAGCGUGUAAACGGAAGUGUGCCCACCACUGGUUUCUUUAACUUUAAGUAGAAUUCAUUAAAUACAGAGACAGAUAUGUGUUAAUGUUUUAACAGUUAGUUAAUGGCUAGUUUUAUAAAAAAUUUAAAAAUAAAUAUUUAAAAUGUGUGUUUUUCUAAACUUUGCAAUAAAAGAUGAAUUUACUUUAAGGGGAUUUUUCCUCCACACAUCUUUCCAGAGGGUGUCAAUAAGUGUUGCUAGCACAGAAAAUAAAGUAGCGCCAUACUAAUACAUGCAACAAAUUAUGGUAGUAGUGUUUGGCAAUUUUUACGGGGGAUUUCAUUCGGCCAUGUAGGUUGCGGCUUCCCCUGGACCAGUCGGAGUGAACGGUUCAAAGUUCGACAUAUUUGCUGUGGGAUACGUGAGCGUACAUGAGUGCCAUAUGUGGAUGAGGAGAAGUUGCUGAAGAAGUUUCAGAGUUGAUGACUGUAGGAAGUUGCCUUUGAUGCUGCUAAUACCAAUACGGUCACUUUUUGUUGGCCAGGACCUCGAGGUCGUGACUAGGGAAUUUUUAGGGAUGUUCAGGCUGUCGUCGGUCAACAGUAGAACGUCUUUCUAAUGGGGACGGCACUAUUUAAGUCUCUGUUUUAUUAUUUCCUUCCUUUUUUUUCACCAUCAUAAAUACACAAUUCAUCAUUUUCUAAUAGCAAUAUUUUAAAGCCUAUGUGUAAAAAGUGUACAUAUAUAUAAAUAUAUAUAAAUAUAUAUAUAUAUAAAAGUCGUUACGGACAUUUGUCUGGACAUACGGACGUGUCUGUGGUUGUCCCUUAGUUUGUUGAUGUCAGCACUCAGAAUACAUUUAGUUCACGACACGCUCUCCACCCGGUGUUUUUCAUGCAGGUUUGUGUUCAGAAAUAAUAAUUUAGAACAAAAAAAAAAAAAAAAGCUACUUGUGGAUGUUUCCUAAUGGUGCCACACCAAAGUGUUUUUGUCCUCCUCCGUUCCCAUGGAAGCAAUACCAGUUAGUCCGUCUUCAUCCUGGUCAUGAUGUGUGUGUGUUUGCUGUGUAGGUGUGCUUUGGGACGAGACUUUUAGCUUUCUUUUAAGUCUCCACUCAACGUUUCUCUGUCCAUGCACCUUCGAACACUCACUGUCGAUAAAUCUGGCAUGUCAUUGAUGUACCUAGAGGUGUUUUCCAUGCGAUGUUAAUGCUGUUUGUUUUUGGUCGGCGCACAGAAUCCAGUUUCACUGCAGCUUGUUGCGAAAUGUGUUUUGCAAAUCACAUUCACUUUGUUUACUCAACUUUGGUCUGGGUUAUAUAUUUACGAUGACGUAUCGGGGCCAUUGUGGAUGGACAAAAAAAACGGGGAGUACAUUUCUGCUAAAAAACCUCAGAAAUGUUCAGGUUAAUGUCAGAAACUGUUUAGAAGG